AUGAAAAAGUUUAAGAGGAGACUUUCCUUAACCUUGCGUGGAAGCCAGACCAUUGAUGAAUCGCUGUCUGAGCUAGCAGAACAAAUGACAAUUGAAGAAAACAGCAGCAAAGAUAAUGGUGUGAGUAAUAAUGGAAGGAUCAGCUACAGUAAAGUGCAGCCUAUUGUGAAGAAUGGCAGGCCUCCAACGUCUCACAGCAUGCACUCAUUUCUCCACCAAUACACAGGAUCUUUCAAGAAGCCCCCUUUACGGAGACCACAUAGCGUCAUAGGGGGCAGCCUCGGCUCUUUCAUGGCAAUGCCCAGAAAUGGGAGCAGAUUAGAUAUUGUUCAUGAAAAUCUGAAAAUGGGGUCAGAUGGUGAAAGUGACCAAGCUUCUGGAACAUCGUCUGAUGAAGUUCAGUCUCCCACAGGUGUUUGUCUCAGAAACCGGAUACACAGGCGAAUCUCAAUGGAGGAUUUGAACAAGCGUUUGUCCCUGCCUGCUGACAUCAGGAUACCUGAUGGCUACCUUGAAAAGCUGCAGAUUAACAGCCCGCCGUUUGAUCAGCCAAUGAGUCGACGUUCUCGAAGAGCAUCACUAUCCGAAAUUGGAUUUGGAAAAAUGGAAACCUAUAUCAAGUUAGAAAAGCUCGGAGAGGGUACUUACGCAACAGUUUAUAAGGGGAGAAGUAAAUUGACAGAGAACCUGGUAGCUCUGAAAGAAAUCCGCCUGGAACAUGAAGAGGGAGCACCAUGCACAGCCAUAAGAGAAGUAUCAUUAUUAAAAGAUCUGAAGCAUGCAAAUAUUGUUACGUUACACGAUAUUGUGCACACAGACAAGUCUUUGACUCUUGUUUUCGAAUAUCUGGACAAGGACCUGAAGCAGUACAUGGAUGACUGUGGUAACAUCAUGAGCAUGCACAAUGUAAAGCUAUUUUUAUACCAGAUUCUUCGUGGUUUGGCAUACUGUCAUAGGAGAAAGGUAUUACAUCGAGAUCUGAAGCCACAAAAUCUACUAAUUAAUGAGAAAGGAGAACUGAAGCUCGCAGACUUUGGAUUGGCUAGAGCGAAAUCUGUUCCUACAAAGACCUAUUCCAAUGAAGUUGUCACGUUAUGGUACAGACCACCUGAUGUUCUCCUCGGAUCUUCAGAGUAUUCAACUCAAAUUGACAUGUGGGGCGUUGGAUGCAUAUUUUUUGAAAUGGCAUCAGGAAGGCCUCUUUUUCCUGGUUCGACUGUUGAAGAUGAACUGCACUUAAUUUUCAGACUUCUGGGAACCCCAUGUCAGGAAACAUGGCCAGGCAUUUCUUCCAGUGAUGAAUUUAGAAACUACAACUUUCCUAAGUAUAAACCACAACCCCUCAUCAACCAUGCGCCAAGGCUAGACACAGAAGGAAUUGAAUUGAUAGCGAAGUUCCUUCAAUAUGAAUCGAAGAAGAGAAUUUCAGCAGAAGAGGCCAUGAAACAUGCAUACUUCAGAAGUCUUGGAACAAGAAUACACACUUUGCCUGAAAGUGUUUCGAUAUUCAGUCUAAAAGAGAUUCAGCUGCAAAAAGACCCUGGCUUUCGAAAUUCCACUUACCCAGAGACAGGACAUGGGAAGAACAGAAGGCAGAGCAUGCUUUUUUGAAGUGGGCGCCGCAGAGUCGAGCCCAAGCCUAUCCUAUCAGUGGAGGACUCGGAUCUGAAGGCAGUGCUCUCUGUUGGUGGACUUGGAAUCGCAGUUUGUCUACACUGUCCUCUUCACAGUGGAGUCUUUUUAUUUCCAACCUGCAGAUUAUGUUUUUAUAUUUGUUGUCACAGUGUGACAAUUUUUUGUACAGUUGGUUUUAAGGUCUCCUCUGCCACUAGAGCCAGUAGGUUACAGCUGUUGAUGUAACUGUAGCUGCAAUUUUUGUGCAGGACUGAGAAACACAGUGCAUUAUUUAUUGCGGAAUCAUUGCUGCUAAAUAACUACUGUCUGUAUAGUUAACACAACAGUUCCAUGCCUGAAGAAGUUGCAAUGGCUUUAUAAUAUGUGAAUGCAUCUGUUUCUCUUCAUAAAAUGUUCUACUGCUGCGGGGUUUUUUUGUAUUUCUUAACUGCAGUGUUUCCUGGAAUGUAAACAUAGCUUUGCUUGGCUAUAGGUGAACCAUCUUUAAUGCUCUAAGUUCAUGGCACUUAAUUCCUUAUUUAACAUUGGAAGUAUGUGUUGAAAUAGUUGAACAAUUAUAAUGCAUAUUAUGUUUUUGAAAAGCACAUGGUGUGAAAGUUGAUUCAAACAAGUGAACAGUAACUAUUAUUUGCUCUCAGAUCCUACGUCAGUUAGUGAUAAAUUAGAGCAUGGAGACUGGAUGAUAAAUUUUGUCAGGCUUACUCCAGCAUAAGAUAUUUGCACAUUGUUGUGCAUAUGGGGCCUGCAGAAGCAAUGACUUUUUUACCUUGUUUUUAACUUAGAAAUACAAACAGUAAAAAGCUGUUUCAUAUCCGUUGGACCCUGGCUUACUUUUGAAGUUUAGAAUCUUUCCAUUACAGAGGAACAGGACAACUAAUUACAAGAACAUGGGAAUAAUGUCACGCUUUUCCCACCUUGUUGCUCUCCCAUUUGUGCAUUACUCACUUGAAAUCAACUGGAAAGAUGCAAGUUUGUACUUGACAAGAACUCGCUAUGCUACAGAGCUUUUACAGUGGGAACUUAGAGAGUUUUUCAGAUCUUAGAUGUUAUCUGUUUACCAGAGAUAGAAAACAUGUUACUACUAUGCUUAUGCAUCUCAGUGAGUAUCAUAAGUACACCCUUGGUGAUGGUUACAGUAUUUUUAAGCAUUUGUGUUCACCUUUAUGAACUUAUUUGUUUAGUGCAUCUUAAAGAGACUGUAAAUCUUUAUUGGUAUAUUUUGAAAUGGUCAUGUAAAUCUUUGGCUGGUAUAUCAUGAAAAUAGUCAUAGGUAACUUAAUUUUUCCUGACAUUCACUGUAAAACAUUCAGGGGUCCUACCAUUUCUGUUCAGGAAAUCUUGUAGUUUAUUGUUAUUUAACAGUAUUAAGUGAAUUUUUGUAUAUUUCAUUUUAACUUUAUUUGUGAAUAGUGAUUGUGGCAUGUUUGGGGGUGUUUUAUUAAUAUUUCAUUGAUACUGGUAAAUUUGAAUUGGGUUUUUUUUUUUUAUUUUCUGGAAGAGAGAAAUUCAUGUGUAAUGGUGACUAUUGGACCACUACUGCUUUUCAGCAUUUGUAAACCGGUUUUACGUUAAACCUUGUAGACCUAACAAACUGCUGUUAUUUCUAACUGACCGACCUGUAUUAAUAUUGUACUUUUGAAAGUAUAAAUAUUAUGUGGAAUUCUUUGGUUUUGUUUUGAAGUUUAUAAUAACAAAGGCCCUGUGUUGUUAAAAAUACAGACUAAGCGAACUUGC